GAUGCCAGUGGGUGCAAAAUUCACAAACCCUAAAUUUCAAAAUCCCAAGUCUCCUUCCUGUCCAGCACGAAUCAAUGUUCCCCAAAUCCUUAGCCGUAAGUAGAAAAAACUCGAAUUUAACAAAAGGAGUCUCUGGUUUAAGAAGACUCUGUUCUUCUUCAUCUACCAUCACCGGGAGCCCUUGCCCACCUAGAUAUGACGUAGCUGUCAUCGCUGAUCUCAUAGAGAAGCAGCACUGGUCAAAGCUCGGAGUUCAUGUGACAGACAUAAACCCUAACGAGCUGUUUCGACAGUUGAUAAGUUCUGAGCUUGACCCAGAUUUGUGUCUCAGGUACUAUUCCUGGUUAGUGAAGAACAGUGACAUCUCUGUUUCACUUGAGCUCACAUUUAAGCUCUUGCAUUCUCUUGCCAAUGCGAAAAGGUACUCAAAAAUCCGAUCUUUCCUUGAUGGGUUUGUGAGAAAUGGAUCUGAUCAUCAAGUUCACUCGAUUUUCCAUGCAAUCUCUAUGUGUGACAAUGUUUGUGUCAAUUCGAUUAUAGCUGAUAUGUUGGUAUUAGCUUAUGCGAAUAAUUCGAGAUUCGAGUUAGGAUUUGAGGCGUUUAAGCGUUCAGGUUAUUAUGGGUAUAAGUUGUCGGCUUUGUCUUGUAAGCCUUUGAUGAUUGCGUUGUUGAAGGAGAAUCGUUCUGCUGAUGUUGAAUAUGUGUAUAAGGAGAUGAUUAGGAGGAAGAUUCAACCAAAUGUGUUCACUUUCAAUGUUGUGAUCAAUGCGUUGUGCAAAACUGGGAAAAUGAAUAAAGCUAGGGAUGUUAUGGAGGACAUGAAAGUUUAUGGGUGUUCUCCAAAUGUAGUUAGUUACAACACUCUCAUUGAUGGGUAUUGUAAGCUUGGUGGAAAUGGGAAAAUGUACAAAGCAGACGCGGUUUUGAAGGAAAUGGUGGAGAAUGAUGUGUCUCCGAACUUGACUACAUUCAAUAUAUUGAUUGAUGGGUUCUGGAAAGAUGACAACCUUCCGGGGAGUAUGAAGGUGUUUAAAGAGAUGCUGGAUCAAGACGUGAAACCGAAUGUGAUCUCGUAUAAUUCAUUGAUAAAUGGUUUGUGCAAUGGAGGAAAGAUCAGCGAGGCUAUUAGUAUGCGCGAUAAGAUGGUAAGUGCAGGUGUGCAGCCUAACCUAAUUACUUACAAUGCUCUUAUAAAUGGGUUUUGCAAGAACGAUAUGCUGAAGGAAGCUCUUGAUAUGUUUGGCUCAGUGAAAGGCCAAGGAGCUGUUCCCACUACUAGAAUGUAUAACAUGCUUAUCGAUGCGUAUUGUAAGUUAGGCAAAAUCGAUGAUGGCUUUGCACUGAAAGAAGAGAUGGAGCGGGAGGGGAUUGUACCAGAUGUUGGAACUUAUAAUUGCUUGAUUGCUGGUCUAUGUAGAAACGGUAACAUAGAAGCAGCUAAGAAGCUUUUUGAUCAGUUGACUAGUAAAGGACUUCCUGACCUUGUGACGUUUCACAUACUAAUGGAGGGAUAUUGCAGAAAAGGUGAAUCGAGAAAAGCAGCAAUGCUUUUGAAAGAAAUGUCAAAGAUGGGGCUGAAACCGAGACAUCUGACUUAUAACAUUGUGAUGAAAGGCUACUGUAAGGAAGGAAAUCUGAAGGCAGCAACGAACAUGAGGACACAGAUGGAGAAAGAAAGACGGUUGCGAAUGAAUGUAGCGUCAUAUAAUGUGCUUCUGCAAGGAUAUUCUCAAAAGGGAAAGUUGGAGGAUGCAAACAUGCUUUUGAAUGAGAUGUUAGAGAAAGGUCUAGUCCCGAACCGAAUAACCUAUGAGAUAGUUAAAGAAGAAAUGGUAGAUCAAGGUUUCGUCCCAGACAUUGAAGGGCAUCUAUUCAACGUCUCUACCAAAUCCUAAUCUUUCAGUGGCCAUCAUGAGAAGCAAUUUCAUGCAUGAUUUGCUUUGCUCCACGGUGCUUCCUGAUUUCACCAUAAUUCAAUCUCUCUCUCUCACAGAACCGGACCCUGCAGAAUCUUGUUCUAUCAGAGACCAGUCAAGCUUCCUAGAUUAUAUGGCGUUAUACUGGAUUGUGUAGUUCUCUGCUAUGCCCACAGGUUCCUGGGUUAUAUAUAUGAUUCAGCUUCAUUUGGAAACUGAGAGAAAGUUCAGAUCUUGUAACUUUACUGUUCUUGUAAUUACAUGACACCACCAUAGUGAAUUUGUAGAAGUUUGUCAGUGAUAAUAAGAUUAUACGAGU